CGCCAGCGGCCACGUGCGGCGCUGCUUUCCGAUUGGCAAGGGGCGUGGCUUGUGCGUGCACGAGGAUAAAAGUAAACAAACGAAACAAACAAGCUUUUUUGCACGAUAAACCGCAGUGACAAUGAAUUCCCUGCGUUGACGCGUGGGCUGAAAUCUGAAAUUGCGAAAUGACAUCAGCUUUCGACUGCUUCGAGGUCGUCGAGAGCAACGAGCAGCCCUUGGACGACUCUCUGACGGCCGAAAACUUUUGGCAAGGUGUCUCGGUUUGGCUCUCAAAUCCGCACGUCGUCAAUCGCCGCCUGUUUGGUUGCAAAAUUAUCUCCUCUGGACACCUGCCAAAAUGCAGCAGGUUGGACGUCAGCCGCUUCGUGGGCCACUGCGUUGUAAAAGAGUGGGUGUCAUCUGACCUGACACCCCUAGUGUCUGAAUUUCUUGGGCAGAAGGAUGAAUUGAAGGAAGGAUUCAACACUGGGAAAUUAAAUCCACAGCCAGAGCUGAAUGUUAUUUUCCUUGUCAGGCAACUUCUGUCAAAGACUGACUCAAAGACUGCCGAAGCCAACAGAGACGUUAUUUUUAUUGACUUUACUAAUAAUGAAGCAACUUUUGUUCCUUUCUUCGAGGAUGGAGACACAAUGCAGACAAAACUACCAUACAAGUUUCAAGGGGUGUUUAGUCCAGGACUGAGAAUCAAGUUCCUCGUCUACUCUCGAAGACCGGCCUUGGACCUGUCAGAAAACUGGCUGCGAACUACGCUGUUUCCGAGAGUUGUGAAGUGGAUAAGUGCUAAACCCAAAGAAAAAUCUACCAUUCCAACAGGUUCUCUGACCCUGGUUGAUCUUGACAAGUACAAUGCCACUUACAAUCGAUUAAAAUUAAAAUUUGGGCCAUAUUUUGUAAAGAUCUGGACUGAGCAAACCGACCCUUUGAAAUUUGUCUACGAAGACUUGGCCAUCGCUAGCUACCUUUUGUGUUUGUGGAAUUGCAACCCCGGAGACGUCGGGCCUUCGUUUGUUGACUUGGGAUGCGGAAAUGGACUUCUGGUUCAUGUUUUGAACGAAGAGGGUUGCCGUGGUUUGGGCUUGGAUUUACGCAGUCGAAAAAUUUGGGCAGUGUAUCCAGAAACCACAAAACUGGAGGUCUCAACAGUCAUUCCCAGUCCGGACACAAUUUACUCCAAUUUUGAUUGGUUGAUUGGAAAUCAUUCCGAUGAAUUAACCCCAUGGAUUCCUGUUUUGGCCGCGCAAAGCUCACCAAAUUGUAACUUUUUCCUACUGCCAUGCUGCCCAUUUGAUUUUUAUGGGAAGUAUCAAAGAAAAGACUCCUCUAAUAGCCAAUACACGGAAUACAUAGGUUAUAUAUCAUCUGUUGGAGAAAACUGCGGAUUUGAUAUGAAAAUAGACAAACUUCGCAUCCCAUCAACAAAACGAACUUGUCUGAUUGGCAGGAAUAAAUCUGCUUGCAUUUCAAAAGAUCUCCUGUGGGAAUUUGUGAACAGCACAAAAGCCUGCACCAUAUUCAACCCUCGCCCAGCUGAGGAGAAAGUUCGGAACUGCACCAAGCUGCCAAAAGAACUUAUCGAGUCAGUUGUUCAAAUGGUCACACAAAAGAUGUUUGAGAAAGUCAAAGAGGGCAAGUGGCAAGUGGAAGGGGGUCUCAGUAUGGCCGAUGCGGCAAAGCUGGUGCCCGAUGAAAUGAAGUCCCAGAUGAAGAAAGAGUUUGGCGGUUUGCAAACUCUCCUCAGGAACAACCAUAGCAUUUUCCAGGUACAGGGAGGGGUCAUAAAGUUUCGGUUGCCAAAACUGAAUUUGGAAUUAAAAAAUACCAACAAGUGGAAGAAUCGGCCUUGCUGGUUCUUCUCUAACCAUCCACAUGGUUGUCCAUUGCAAGACGAUGACUGUAGUUUUAAGCAUGUUUAAGUAACAUUUCUCAAUGUCAACCCAGCUAACCUUAAAAAUUUAAAUUUAAUGCUCA